AUGGACAACAUCGUACCUGCCUCGUACAAGGCCUACGUCGAAAACUCGCUCAUCAAGUACCAGUGCGACGGCGUACUACCUCGAUGUGGAAAAUGCAAUGACGCUCAACAUGAUUGCGACAUUACAAGUCGCGUCUUCUAUUCCUACGAAGUGGUCAAAGACCUCAUUGAUAGAGUCCAAGACCUGGAAGCACGACUUGAAGCCUCGCAAUCGCGCUCUACUGGACCUACUCGUGUCGAGUUUGAUGACGCACACAGAUUUGAUGUCAACGUUCAACUGCAGCAGUCAGGUCUUGCUUGGGAGAACGACCAACGAAAUGCGCGUCCGAUAGAUCAGAUAUCUCAGGAGCUGGGUGCGUUGAGUCUCGGUCAUGCCGAUGUGAUGGCACAAUACUACGUGGGCAAUGCUGCAGGUGCAAGAUUCGCAAAGAUCUUUUUCAGCAGCUUGAAUUUGAAUCUCGCUCUUGCUAUCCCCACCUCUCAGGCAUCGCCUCAACAUCAUCUGCUCGAGCUCGGCCAGUCUUGUGCUUCGCUGCCACCCAAGCAUGUGGCGGACUUUGCCAUAUCCGUGUACAUGAAGCGAGUGCAUAUCUGGUGGCCAGUCGCGACAUACCCAGCACUGCGCUCGAUUUACAGUAGCGUUUAUGAGCAUGGAAGUACUUGCAGCCAAUUCCAGCGCUUUGUGGUAUUCAUCACUCUUGCAACUGGCACGAAAGAGGCUCAGAAUACUGGCUGUGGAGCAGAGCUGAAGUCAAUGUUUGCUCCUGAGGAGUACUACAGGACUGCGCUGCAAUUUUUUGAUUCUUUCUCUGGACUGGACAGAAUCACUGCAUUGAUACUGUUGAUUGUCUGGUCUAUGCGCAGUCCGCUUGCUUCCGAUCAUCUCAAUCUUUGGCAGCUGGUGCGCCAAGCGAUGAGUCUUGCAACAGAGAUGGGCCUUCAUCGCAAUGGACUGGCGUGGAAGUAUGCACCGUCUGAACUCGAAGCGAGAAAUCGUUGCUGGUGGUGCAUCUACGGUCUGGAAAGAAAGAUAGCCGUUGGCCUAGGAAGAACGCUGUCGAUUCGCAAUCAAGCCAUAGACGCCAUGUUUCCCAAACACACUGAAGAAGACGAUAGUUUACCGACAUCAGCUGUUUCAGACGCGCCCCUCAUGACCUUUGGUGUCGGUCCAGCCGUACAUCUCAUCAAGCUUUGGGCUAUAUCUGGAGACAUUCUCGAGUCUGUUUACAUUGCUCGACCAGCAACAUCGCUCAGCCCGGCGAUUCUACAGCGCCUUGUCAACAGUCUCCGACAGAGGUUGAGCCAAUGGAGAGGGUCACUUGAGGAAUAUCCUACGUCACAAAACUCCGUCUAUCUGCAGAUGAAGGUUCAAUACGCCAUUGUGGUCAUGAUGCUCAACCGGCCUUCACCAAGUUUCCCUGUUCCAGACCAAGAGAUGACGAGAUCUUGUCAUGAGGCCGCCAAAUCUGCGAUAGAAACUUGGAACCUGCUACGAGAGCGUAACGAGAUAUUGCUUGACUGGAAGACUUUGCACGAUGUUCUCAUGGCCGGACUUGCUUGGCUGUAUACAUGUUGGAGUCUACCAAGCAUUGACUUGCCCACUGUCUCCGCCAUAUCAUCCACCUACAGCUCUGUCCUGCAUUAUCUCGAGAUGGUCGAUCCGAAGAGGACUGCUUACUCGGAGUUCUUCGAGAGUCUUCUGGAGCAGGUUCUCGCAAGGAGAAACCAGGACAGGGCCCAAGAGACGACAUCACCAAACAAUCAUGACAUAUCGACGGACUGGAUGGAGGCCAACUUUGAGCAGGCAGUUCUUGACGCAAGUUGCUCUUUUGAUCUGGCAGAUCUUGACAAUUUCAUGCUUGACUACCCCUACCUGAUUGAUCAUGAUCAGAAUGUCGGGUGGUGA